UGCGGUGGCGUGGCCGCGGGCCGGGGGCGGCCGGGGCUGCCCACGCGCGGAGGAUGCGGGGGCCCGGAGAGCGCAGACCGCAGGGGGAGCGACUGAAAACGUUCAGGCAUCCGUGGUAGCGGCGCGAGACAGGGCAGGGCGGAGAGAACAAAGUGAAGGACAUGAACAAUGACUAUAGUUGACAAGGGAUCUGACUCUUCAAACCCCAUAUCUGGUCAGAAUCAAACUGGCAGCUCUGUGGGACCCCCUAAUGAAGAGAUGGACUCAGACUCUUCCAGCUGGGGCACUGUGUCAUCUCUGGACGUUCCAAACCACAGAAUCUCUUUGGGACCAGUACCUGGAGCUACAGAUUAUUCUAGUUCACCUGUAUCUGAAAAACCCAAGCCUUCAGCUCAGAAAGAUCAAUCUGUAAACGAUGGCAUCGCUCCACCACAGAAGGUUCUUUUUCCAGCAGAGAAGAUUUGUCUGAAGUGGCAGCAAUCCCAUAGAGUUGGAGCUGGUCUCCAGAACCUUGGCAAUACCUGUUUUCUCAACUCUAUCCUGCAAUGUUUGACUUACACACCCCCUCUUGCCAAUUACAUGCUUUCUUAUGAACACUCCAAGACAUGUCAUGAGCAAGGAUUCUGCAUGAUGUGUAUAAUGCAAACUCACAUUAACCAAGCCCUCUCAAACUCUGGCAGUGUCAUUAAACCGAUGGCUGUUAUCAAUGAUCUUCGACGAAUAGCAAAACAUUUCCGUUUUGGAAAUCAGGAAGAUGCACACGAAUUUCUACGUUACACUGUUGAUGCUAUGCAGAAAGCAUGUUUAAAUGGGAGCACCAAAUUGGACAGACCUACCCAGGCUACUACACUCAUCCAUCAAAUAUUUGGAGGCUAUCUUAGAUCUAGAGUAAAAUGUUCAAACUGCAAAGGAGUUUCUGAUACCUUUGAGCCAUACCUUGAUAUUGCAUUGGAGAUAAAGACGGCUCAGAGUGUAAGCAAAGCUCUAGAAUUGUUUGUGAAGCCUGAACAGCUAGAUGGUGAAAAUUGUUACAAAUGUAGCAGGUGUAAAAAGACAGUUCCUGCUUCAAAAAGGUUUACAAUACAUCGAUCUUCUAAUGUGCUCACCAUAUCUCUGAAACGAUUUGCAAAUUUCAGUGGUGGAAAGAUUUCAAAGGAUGUAAAAUAUUCCGAGUUCUUGGAUCUUCGCCCAUUUAUGUCCCAGCAAAAUGGAGAACCAGUUCUUUACACCCUGUAUGCAGUCUUAGUACAUACUGGUUUUAGCUGCCACGCAGGACACUACUUCGCCUACAUAAAGAGCUGUAAUGCACAGUGGUACCAGAUGAAUGAUUCCAUUGUAGCCAUCACUGAUAUCAGAACUGUCCUGAAUCAGCAAGCUUACAUGCUUUUUUAUAUCAGGUCCUCUGAUGUGAAAAAUGGAGAACUCAUUUAUUCCAUUCCAGGACAGUCUUCUCCCCGUCCAGCUAUUAGUCAGCGGGUAGUUAAUAGCAAGCAAACCGUAUCAGGAUUUAUUGGACCACAGCUUCCUCCCCACCUGAUUAAGACUUCUGGCCAUUUAAAUGGAACUGGGUCACUAAAAGAAACUCCAAGCAGUUCUGUGGUAUGUGCUAGCAAUGUUACCCUAACCAGGCCAAAUUCGGCGCCUCCUUCAACUUCCAUUCAAAACUGGACAAUUAACCGACCCACUAUUCCUGAUCCUUCAAAAAAACAGAAGAUUACUAUCAGUAUUCACAACAAACUGCCUGCUCGCCAAAGCCUGGCCCAACCCAAUCUUCAUAACAACUCUUUGGAGAGUCUGAGCAAGCCUGUUCCUUCAUCCACCAUUACUAAUUCCUCUGCAGUACAGUCUACCUCAAGUGCUUCUACAAUGUCAGUUGCUACUAAAGUACCUAAACAAUUGGCUACUAGUGAAGCUUGUUCUAAAGCAGUACUGAAUGGCAAGUCUAAGCUAAGCUCCAGCACGUUGGUCCCUUAUGGUGCAGAAUCUUCAGAAGAAUCUGAUGAAGAUUCAAAGGCAUUAGUUAAGGAGAAUGGACACAAGAAACCUGUAAAUGGAAUUUUGAUUGGAAGUGUAGCUAGUUCAUUGCAGAAUUCCUGUUCUUCCUAUCAAGAUGCUGAAAAGGAGGUACCCCAGCAUGAACUGCCAAAAACUGACAGAGUCAAUGGUGACAAAGUCAAUGGUGCUAUUUGUCUAGAUAAUAAUUCUAAAGACAAUGGUUUGAAACUUGAUGAUUCCACUUGCCAAACCAAGGCUCUUAAAACUACAGAGACUUUCUUUCCUAAAAUGAAUGGAUUGCAUGGAAAAAUGUGUGCAACUUUGCCUUCAGUCCCUGAAGAUAAAAUCUUAGAAUCAUUCAAAUUCAGCCAGGUGAAAACUUCAUCAGAGGAUAUAAGUAUAACUGGAACUGAAAAAACCGAUCACAGUAUUCCCAACGAUUGCUGCAACAGCCAGGGUCCCUUUGCUGCAUCAGCUCCUGAGACCAUUUCUACCAAAGAAGGAAUUGUAGAGAAUACUGUGGCGAGAAAGGAGGAGGAUCAUUCUGACAUCAUUGAUCAGCAUAAAGCUAAGAAGAGAACCUUGGGCACUGAAGAGGAACGUGCUCUUGAGGAGUCUGCGGAUAAGGCAAGAGGACCAAAAGAAGCAAAGGUGAUGUUAAAGGAGACUCCUCUGCACGUCAAAGGGCCUGCGGAGACUGUAGAGAAACUGGGACAAAGCUCCCUUAUAAAGUCUGACAGUGAAUGUAGUUCCAAAAAACUUUCUACCUUAAACGUUAUAGACAAAUGCCAAGAAACAAAGCACAGUGCUAGUGACUAUCCAGAGGGACAAAGUGCUGUGGACUCUCCUACAAAACUGAGCAAGGUUCUAGAGAGCUAUUCUAAGGAAAAUGAGGGACUGAGCGAUAAUGACAAACUUGGAGAAGACAAAGAAAGACAAAAACUUCAGACACAUUCUCCAGGUAAAGAAAAGGUCUGCACCACCAAGAAGAUGGAGAGGGAGCACUACUGUAAAAAGAGACGGCACUCUGAAAACGAGGAGAAACUGGAAAGUCGUGACUCCAGAAAGAGACGAACGUACAGCAGCGAGAGGGGGAAGCAAGAUCAUCACUACAAGAAGCACCAUGACAAUGGGAGCAAAUACAAACUCAUGCAUAAUGAAAGAAGCAGCAGAAGCUCCGGAAGGUAUCCUGAUUACAGAUCCCACAGCAGAGAACAAAAUGAUAAGGACGGGGGUUGGUAUUACCUUCCGAAGAGAGAAGGCUCUUGGAAUAGAGAGAGGUAUUACCAAGACAUCCCACGAAGGUGGGACAAAAGUAGAUAUUACUAUGAUUAUUAUCCUUUCCAUGCGCCAAGAGACAGUCGAGAGAGAAAGUUCUCUCACGUGGACAGAGAGUAUGAGAAACCAAGCCACAUUUAUGACCCUAGGUCAUACAAGGACUAUUACUACAAGACACGAUGGAUUCAUGAGCCAGCCACUAAGGAGAGAGAGAAACGCAACUUCAGCAGCUCCAAAGGAGACUUUCACCAUUGCCCAGCACCCCCCCAGCAUUCUGAAAAGUAUUCCUCAGAGAAAAGUGCACCUACAGCGGGAGAAAACACUUCCAGUUUUGAGACUUCUUGCCUCAAAUAUGAGGACGUAAAGGACAGAAAAAGAAGAUGCCCUAUUGGAGACGAGAGUGACAGUGAGGCAGAAAGGGAGCGCAAAAAGACCCUGCAGCGUGAGCCUUCGGAGGAGCAAAAGGUGAAAAAACACAAGAAAUCAAAGAAAAAGAAAAAAUCCAAAGACAAACACAGAGAGAAAGAUAGCAGACAUUACCAGGAUUCAGAUGCAUCUAUGACCCUUUCCGAUGCUGAGAUUUACAAACAUAAGAAAAAGAAGAAAAAGAAGAAAAAGCAUGCAAAGAGAUCUGAGGGCUUCUUUGAACAUGCAGAUCCUCAUGCUCAGAAGCAGGGCAACUCUGAGAUGAACAGGACAUGGGAGAAGAAAGAGGACUCCGAUCUUACAGAUGACACUCCAGUUGAGGAGCAUGGACGACAUGGGUACGAACGUUUACAUGAAGAGGAUGCAAAUUCUUCUCUUAAAAAGAAAUGCUUAGAAGGAGGCAAGGAAAAUAGUUAUCCUGUAUCUAGAGAGGAUAGUAAAGCUACCAUCCUACCUUCUCAUAAGGACCAUGGACAGACAGCUAUUAAAUCUUUGGAUGGCACCUUUGCAUACGCCGAUGAAACUAGAUGGAAAGUGAGUGGAAAGCUGUCCUUGCAGGAAAAACUCGCUAGCCACAGAUUCUGAUGGAAGCCAUCCCUACCCAACUUAAAUUAUAUUUAUAAACUAUUGACUCUUCAAUCCAUAAGUGGUGCUUCAGACUAUUGUACAGAAUUUUACCAUUGAAGAACUUUUUUUAAUUUUUACCUCGGGACUUUCUUUUAUAAAAUCUGCCCACAAUCCAAAAGGACUGAAACUUUCUUACAACUGCUGAACAUUGUAAAAUACCAUGUAAAUAUCACACUGAAAAUUAAUGCCCUGGAAUAGAACAUCUCAAUGCUGCUUAAUUACAGACUCAGGUUGACUAUGUGUUAUUCAUGUAAUGUUACUCCAAGUUAGACAUCUGGUGCGAGAGAGACCAGGAAAACCACAGAACUAUGAAAACUGCAACUGACAGUCUGUAUAUUUAAUUUAAAGACUUAUUUAAAAAUUUCACAAGCUCUCCAAUAACAAGAGUUUUGCAAGAGCUUAAUCUGUUUUCUGUGAUGUCUGACACUAGAAACUAAUUCACUUUACACUUCAGUUAUACUCAAGACUUUGGAGAAAAAAGACCCUUAUGAAAACUUCUGGUUUUGGACUUUGUCAAACAUACUGCUCAAAAUAUACUGUUCUGACUCAAAUAAUUUAUACUUCAGUUACUUUCAAGAUUUGGAGAAAAAGACCCUUAUGAAAAGUUGUGGUUUUGAACUUUGUGAAACAUACUGUUCAAAAUAUACAGUUCUGACUGUAGGAACUAAUUUCCUUUAUGCUUCAGUUAUAUUCAAGAUUUGAAGAAAAAUAUCCUUAUGAAAAGUUCUGAUUUUGAACUUUGUGAAACAUACGGCUCAGAAUAUACAGUUCUGAAUGUAUUUCACAGGCUAUUUCUAUAUCUUACCAUUGUUUUUAUUAUUACAUUUUUUAUAUAGUGUCACUUGUCUAGUCUAAGUUGUCUGGCUUUGUCCCUUUACAGUUUCUAGUUACAGACAAAUUCAUACUGUGAUUUUAUUUUUCUUAUGAAAUGCUAUCAAACUGUGAUACACUUAUAAUUCACUGGUCCUGCAUCAGGAGAUGGAGUGGGGAAACUGUAUUAAAUACAGUUCAUCUGAAUAAUCUGUCUGGUUUAUACAAGCUGUGUUGUUCAGAGAUGUCAACGUCUGAUCUUUGUUUUUUUAAAGAUAAAGCACUUGCCCCACUGUAAAUAUAUAGCAUGAAAAAUUUAUAUAGUAUAUAAAUACAACAAAAUAAACUUUUUCCAAUGUC